AUGGCAAUGGCAUCUACGCCUGCAACUCAUAUAGGCUGUAAUUCUCCAAGAAUCCUUCCGUCCUUUAUCCCAGGUUCUAAUUUAAAAUCUGGGAAAGUAUUUUCGUGGAAUGCAGCUUCGAAUUACGUUAAACUUCAGGUCGGGCCAGGAGGAUUUUCUGCGAAACCCCUUGUUAGAAAACCAUGGAUGAAGAGGCAAGUCGAAGCCAAUACAUUGAGGUGUGCAACUAUUGAAGAAAUUGAAGCUGAGAAGUCUUUGAUUGAGAAGGAUGCUAAAGGAAGGAUGGAAAAGACUAUUGAAACUUUGAGGUCCAAUUUCAUGUCCAUAAGAACUGGGAGAGCAAACCCAGCAAUGCUGGAUAAAGUUGAGGUUGAGUAUCAUGGAACACCAGUGACCUUGAAGAGCAUAGCUCAAAUCAGUACUCCUGAUGCAAGUUCUCUCAUGGUGCAGCCUUACGAUAAAUCCAGCUUGAAGGCUAUAGAAAAGGCAAUUGUCAGCUCUUAUCUCGGUUUGACACCAAAUAAUGAUGGAGACGUUAUUAGAUUGACUCUCCCUCAACUGACUUCAGAAAGGAGGAAGGAGCUGUCAAAAAUUGUCGCCAAACAGGCUGAAGAAGGGAAGGUGGCUAUAAGGAACAUAAGAAGAGAUGCUAUUAAAUCCUAUGAAAAACUUGAUAAGGAGAAAAAGCUCUCUGAAGACAAUGUGAAGGAUCUCUCUAUUGAUCUGCAGAAAGUGACUGAUGAGUACAUGAAGAAGAUUAACUCAAUCUUCAAACAGAAAGAGAAGGAAUUGCUGACAAUUUGA